GACCAGCGUAGACUUUGUUAUGCCACUGGCCGACACAAACAAAAAUACUUUUCGCCAUUGCACAUGGCUUCGCGGCUAUUUAAUAAGUUUCUGGAGAGCCUGCGAACAACACAGAGUUCAAUACACGUGAAAAUGAAGAUGAAGAUGGCUUUAAGUUUAGUAUGUCCCCUCCUACUUUUGUUUCUCUCUGCACUGCCUUGUUAUAUUUCUUUGCUGCAUUCUCCUUCUUAUUACUCAGAUCAACAAGCUCUUCUCUCUUUUAAACAUUCACUUUCUCUCGACCCCAACAAUUCUUUGUCCGAUUGGUCUCCCCAUCAUUACCUCUGCAACUGGACUGCUGUGGCCUGCUCUUCUCGUCAUCAGCGUGUGGUUUCCUUGAAUCUCACAGGGAAUGAUAUGACUCCACAUAUAGCAGACUUUGGCAUUACAAAACUCUUAUUUGAGAAUUCAAUGAAUUCAUUGACUUCUACAACUUCACUAAAGGGAUCUAUUGGCUACUUUGCACCAGAGUAUGGACUUGGUGGGAGUAUUUCAACAAAAGGAGAUGUCUACAGCUAUGGAAUUCUGCUUUUAGAAUUGUUGACAAGGAGGAGACCAACAGAUACCAUGUUUGUAGAAGGUAUUAAUCUACCAAAAUGGGCAAGUAUAGAUUUUCCAAAUAAAAUUGAAGAAGUGGUGGACAACCAACUGCUUAGAGAUGUUAAUGAGUCAAAUAAAGCAAUGGUGUUAACAUACCUUAGUCAAUUUAUGCAAGUAGGAUUGGUUUGCACAAGGGAGCUACCGCAACAACGUCCAAAUAUGAUGGAGAUAGUUGAAAGACUAGAAAAAAUAACAAGUGCAUUUCUCGGUACUCCAAGAGAUUUUCAUUUGCCAAUAAAUAUCUUACCUUUGCUUGAGAGUACAAAUGAACCAAGAAAUUGUAAUUCAAGGAGCCCUGAAAAUUGGUCUACAUCUACAUCUUAGCUCUUUACUCAACUAAUAGCAAGUGUUAAGUAUUCCUGUCUGGUUUUGUCAUAAAUUAUUUCUUAUAGAAAACCUUUUUUAAUAAUUUACUAUAUGAGUCUAGUCUAUUGUGCAUUAUGUAAGUUUAGGGAUAAAAUUAAUGCUAUAUAUUUUUGACAAAAA